AUGUAUGUGAAAUGGUUUGAUACAGUAAUGUUUUACUAUGUGAUUUUAGUGAAUUUAGUGAAUGUCACUUUUUGUCAUUUUCAAAUUUCCCACCGUUCCAUCCCCAUACGUCCUGACGUCGCAGGGGACUGAACCCAGAUGACAGAUGCCGGCAUCCGCCAGAGGACAUUACAGGGGACACUGCAGGAGGGAGCGCAGGACAAGGUAAGAGAAGAACAGAUCCCGGAACAGCGCCUUAAUGGUAAGCCUGAGUGUAGCUCGGGGUUACCUCUUUUGCUACACUCGGGAAUUCCGCCAGGGAGGCUA